AUGAAUGCGCUCGCGGCCACAAGUAGGAACUUCAAGAGGGCAGCCACGCUUCUGGGGCUGGACUCCAAGUUGGAGAAGAGCUUGUUGAUCCCAUUCAGAGAGAUCAAGGUAGGAGAGGCCAGGGCGCUCCUUUUUCCUCUUCAUUUUUAUGAUCUGCCAGAAAAGCUCUCCAGCUUCUUCUUCACUAUCAUCAUCAUCAUCAUCAUCAUCUUCUUCUUCUUCCUCUUGAAGAUGUCUUCAUUCCUCCCUCCUCUUUUGGAAGUUUUUGAGUUCGAUAAAACUUGUUCCUCUCUCGAAGAUCUCCUCUUUUUAGGCUAUUCGGGUUCUGCGACAGCGGUAUUCUCUGGCUCUUCCAUGGAUUGCUCUCCUGUUCUUCAUAUUGCUUAGCGCGUUUGCCAGCUCUCACCCGUAAUGCCACCUAUCUUCUUCUUUGUCUUCUUCUUCAUCUUCUUCUUCGUCUUCGACUUAUUAUCCUUCCUCUUCAUCUUCUUCUUCGUCGUCGUCGUCUUCUUCUUGAAAACAUCUCUACAUGUUUUUCAUCUUCUGGAAGUUUUUGCGUUUAAAGAAGGUGGGAUCUUCAGGCGUUGCCAUGGCGAUGCUCUCUUGCUCUUCUUGUAGCUCAGCGGCUUUGGAUGGACUGCAGGUUGAAUGCACGAUCCCCAAGGAUGACGGCACGCUGGCUUCUUUUGUGGGAUUCAGGAUUCAGCAUGACAAUGCCCGGGGUCCUAUGAAAGGAGGGAUUAGAUACCAUCCAGAGGUCGGUUUUGAUUAUUUUUUAUCUGUUAUAUUUCUUCACAUUAAUUCUUAUUCUGCAAUGCCGCUGCCACUCAAGAUUCAUUCGGUCGAUGGGGCAUCUCAAUGCUGUCAGUUAUCACUGUAGAUUUAAUUUUUCUUGUGAUUCGAGGGGCUCUUUUUCCUAAUUUGGGUUCAUAGUAAUAUAGAAUGAAAAGUAUUUGUAUUAGUUAAGCCAUGUGCAUACAUAUUUGAGUUGAUUCCACUUAUUUUUUCUUUUGUUCCGCUAUGAAAGAAGACUAGAUCUUUCUGUGCACUAGUUGAUGAUGGAGGUGUGUUUUUGGUGGUUAUAGGUUGACCCAGAUGAGGUCAAUGCCUUAGCGCAGCUGAUGACAUGGAAGACAGCUGUCGCUAACAUCCCUUAUGGAGGUGCCAAAGGAGGAAUAGGCUGCGACCCAGGGGAGCUGAGCAGGUCUGAGCUUGAGCGACUCACUCGAGUGUUCACGCAGAAGAUCCAUGAUCUGAUCGGCAUUCACACUGAUGUCCCGGCACCUGAUAUGGGCACUAAUCCUCAGGUCUCUGUUCACAAUUGUUUUCUCUAGUUUUAGAUCAUGCCGUAGUUUUUUUUAUGAAGGUGGGGAUUUGAAAACAAUUUGGUCAUAUCUUUGGCUCUUAAAUUUUCUUCUGAGGGAUAGAGGAUUUUUUUUUCUAUUUUCUUAAGAUAGUUAGGCUUCUUCUGAUGUUCAUUCUACCUUGAUUCAUAAUUUUUUUGGCAUGGUGGUGAUUCUUUCCUUAUUUUUUUAAGUAAGUUGAUCAUAUGGUUGGGGUUCUUCUGAUGUCCAAUCUGCCCUUCUUGGGAUUUAUUCCAGACAAUGGCUUGGAUACUGGACGAAUAUUCAAAGUUUCACGGCUAUUCACCAGCAGUGGUCACUGGAAAACCUGUUGUGAGUUCUGCAGAUUCUUUUUGUGGUGAUACAAUUUCCAUAUAAAUUCUGGUUAUUUAACAGAUUAUGAAAAGUAAAAUGAAAUGUUUCAGACUCUUUUUUUUUAUAAUGUUAUGGCCAGAUUACCCUAUAUAUGCAGAACUUGUCAGAUAUUUUUUUUGGUAGUUUCAUAGCCAAAUUACUUUUAUACAUGUUCUGGAUAUUUGGAAUACGAAGAAAAAUGAAAAAUGAAGGACUUCAAAUUACCUUUCUUGUGAUAAUUUCAUGGCCAGCAUUGUUUCUUUAUACAUCCUGUGUUUUUUUAAAAUAUGAAUAAAAUUAAUUUGUCAGGAUAUCUGAUGGAGAUAAUUUCAUAAUCAAUACUGUUUCUAUAUACACGUUGUGGUAUUAAGAAGAUAACGAAAAAUGAAAAAAAUCAGAUUACUUUGCGGUGACAAUUUCAUGUCAAUACAAUUCCAUUCUGGUGUAUUAAGAAGAUGAUGGAAAAUAAAAAAUGGAAAAAAUAUUAGAUAAUUUAUUUGUGAUAAUUUCCCGUCCAUAUUAUUUUGUGGGUACUAACAAGAAGAGGACGACUAAUGAAGAGCUAUUGUGCUUGUUGUUGUGACAGUUUCUUCAAUGGGUUCUGCUCUCUGAUUUAAUAGGCUAUUCCCGUUUAAGAAUCUCUUAAUUUUUUUUAUCUCAUAAUUAAUUAAGCACUAUUUAAUUGUCCAUCAAUUUUUUAUUUAUUGUUUUUUUUGUUUCUUUCUUGGAUCAGGACCUUGGGGGCUCUCUGGGUAGGGAUGCCGCGACAGGAAGAGGGGUUCUAUUUGCCACGCAAGCAUUGCUACAAGAGCAUGGGAAAAGCGUCUCCGGCCAGAGAUUUGUCAUUCAGGUUAUUCAGAUUCUGAGCGGGAUUUGUCAUCUCUAGUUUUUAUUACACAAUAUCUCUGAUGUGAGCCUUUCUUCAGCAUUUUAGUAAAAAUAUAAUAUUUUAUGUCUGUUUAUGCAUGUCUCUGCCGGUGAUUUUGAGUUUUAGCCUUCAACCCGUCUCAUGUAAUAUUAUUCCCUUAAAGAAAUCAUAAAUACAGGAAAGAAAAACGACUAAAGUUCUUCAAGAAAUGGGAGAUGCCACACUUUCUUCAAUCGAUGUAAUUAAAUAAAAAAAAAGUAACCAAAGAUUAAUGAUAUGGAAAGCAUGACCGUGCCUGGAACCAACCCAUUUAAUCUUUUUUAGCCUUUUUUUUUUCCUUUUUUGACAUGCGCCCAUCUGAAAAUCCAGGGGUUUGGCAAUGUGGGAUCUUGGGCUGCCCAACUCAUCAGUGAAGCUGGUGGCAAAAUUGUUGCAAUCAGCGACGUCACUGGGGCUAUAAAGAACAGCAAGGGCCUUGAUAUACCGAGCCUGCUCAAAUAUUCCAGGGAGAAUCGCGGGAUCAAAGGAUUUGACGGUGGAGAUGCCAUCGAUCCAAAGUCUCUACUGACGGAGGACUGCGAUGUUCUGAUUCCUGCUGCUCUUGGUGGUGUGAUAAACAGGUUCAUGUCUUCCAUUUUAAGUUAUUAUUUUUUCCAAUUUAAAACUGAUUCCGUCAAUUCCCACUUUAAAAAACUCAGAUUAUUUUUCUUUCUUUCAUGUUUUGAUGGAAAAUGCCUUUAAUUAUGCUAUUAAGGGCAUAAUAUUGAGUUAUUAGGAAAGAAAAUUAUUUCAUAUUUUCAGGGAAAAUGCCAAUGAGAUAAGGGCCAAAUACAUCAUUGAGGCAGCAAACCACCCAACCGACCCAGAAGCAGAUGAGGUGGGCAUCUGGUUCAAUUUAUAUCUACAAACAUGAGGACAUUGUUAUUUUUUUAAUUAAUUAAUAAUUUUUUUAUAUCUCUUCUGCCUGUAGAUUCUGUCAAAGAAGGGCGUUCUCAUCCUGCCCGACAUUUUUGCAAACAGUGGGGGAGUCACUGUGAGUUAUUUUGAGUGGGUUCAGGUGAAUUCCUUGCUCCUUUUCUUUUUAUGGCAAAAUAUCUUCGUGAAUAGGAAACAAUAAAGUGGCAUUCAUUACUAAACAAGGUAAAGUUGUAAAUAUUGAAGACUGUUCUGAUCUACUGACCACCUAAGAUAUGUCCAUAAAUAUGAAAUAAUAUGAGGCACAAUCUUAGUGCUCUAAAGUCAUCUUUUCGUUAUUUAUGGGAAAAAAAUGUGUUCAUUGUCAGAGGAUGAUGGGAUCCUGAUUAUUAAUGCUCCAAAAAUGGCUUAUUAAAGGCUGUUCUUGUACAUCCAGCACUGUGAUUUAUAUGGUUGCUCCUUUGUGCCAGAAAAUAUACUCAUGGACAGUGAAAUAGCAUGCCCAAUCUGACUCUCCAUGCUAGCUAAGAGAGAGAGAGAGAGAGAGAGAGAGAGAGAGAGAGAGAGAGGCGACGUGGAGUGACAGUGGAAGGUCCACGUGGCAAGAAAAUGGGCUAUCUUUCGGGUCCAUUUAACUCUAUCAAUGCCCACGUGUCGUGGAUUCAUCGUGCUUCUUCUUCCCUGCUUUCUGCUUGUGCCAGAACAUCCAGGGCUUCAUGUGGGAGGAGGAGAAGGUCAACGCCGAGCUGCAGUCCUACAUGACCAAGGGGUUCAGAGACCUCAAGGAGAUGUGCGGGACCCACGCCUGCGAUCUUCGCAUGGGGGCCUUCACCCUCGGCGUCAACCGGGUCGCCCGUGCCACCAUCCUCCGUGGCUGGGAGGCAUGA